AUGAGAUUAUCUAACUUACUGCGAGUUUUAAUUCGAGGAAGUGAUGGCCAACCAGUUUGGAAGGAAAUCACCGAAAAAACAUUGCCGAGAGGCGGUAAAAAACUUAGUUUCAAAAAUAAUGCUGUAAUUGGAAUCUUUGCUAGUGUAUUCCUCAUCACAUACGCUGAUCUUCAGACGGAUAUAAACCCGGAUUCUAAAUGGGCCGAAUAUUACCGCAAGAUUGUUAGAGAUCCAAUGGCAUGGCUGGUUGGUGACAAGGAACAUCUACCAACAUCAUCAGAUCAUAAGUCGGUAGUGAAUUAA